AUGAUCACCUGGGUUAGCAAGCUCUCCACGCUGAUCAAAGAGGAAAUGGGAAUUCAAAGUUUCCAGGGCUUUAACAGGGGAGGGGCUGUUUCCUGUGUACUUGGCUGCUGUGCAGUGGAGUUUAAAACGAUCUCCAGAGCAGUCACAGCAGAGCAUUGUGGGACACCUAUAUGCCAGUUCAGACAACUUACACAACACUGCGUCUACACUGACUCUUUGUUGACCCAUCAACAUCGAAUCAAGUGCUACACCUCUCAUGGAGUUCUGUUCCAGGACUCCUGCUCGCUGAUCCGAAAACACCUCCACAGCCCACCAGAAAUGAGCGAGCAGGAAAUAACCUACACCGAACUGAAAUUUCACACUCCUACUCAACAGCAAAUGUGGCAAAGAGCUGAGAAGACCAAGACCAAAGAUUUUGCUUCUCCAUCUUCCCCGUGGCGAUAUGUUGCAGUGAUUCUGGGGAUCCUCUGUGUAGUAUUGUUGGGAGCUGUGGGGUUCCAGAGUGUCAAACGAGACAACUGCAGCCUUUGCCCAGAAAACUGGAUACAGCAUGAGGAGAACUGUUACCACUUUUCUACUGAAUGGAAAACUUGGCAAGAGAGUCAAGAUUAUUGUUCUUCUCGGGGCUCCAGACUUUUGAAGAUACACAGCAAAAAAAAACAGGAUUUCAUAAAGCCUCUAGCAUUUUCUUAUCACUGGAUCGGAUUAUUCCGUAAUGGGAUCAAUGAAUCCUGGGUUUGGGAGGAUGGCACAGCUCUAACCCUUAACCUGUUUGCAGAACAUCCAGAUUUUAAUAGCGGUGACUGUGCAGCUUUCAGAAUUGGAGAAGCCCACUCCUAUGUUUGUACACAAUCAAAACCCUAUAUUUGUGAGCAGAGGGCCACUUAGAUGAAGCCUGUUAUACCAGCAUAAGAAAGACUGGAGAAAGACACUGAGGCUUCUUCAGUGGCCCUCAGUGCCUCACUGA